AUGUCUUGUACUUUGCAGGAUGAAAAUGGACCAGGUCCAGGUCCGUGUCGCGUGAAGACAGAACCCAAUGCAGAUGAAGAUCCUCUUGCCCCAAGCAGUAACAAUUCUGUUGCAUCAAUAAAACAGGAAGAUUGUUUAUCCUCUGCAGCUUGUGAAUUGAGUUCUGUGGAAUCCACCUCAGGCGAGAAGGCCUCUACUGCAAACGGACACUUGGAAGCAAAUAUGCGAAUCGAUACUGGUGAGAGACCUUUUAAGUGUGCCACCUGCCAGAAAAAAUUCAUGAACAAAGGCAACCUGGAAAGUCACAUACGCAUCCACACUGGAGAGAAACCUUUUAAGUGUACUGUCUGCCAGAAGAGGUUUACUCAUCCGUCAACGUUGCGUCAUCACAUGCUCCUCCACACUGGUGAGAAACCUUUUGAAUGUAAAGUCUGUCUAAAGAGGUUCAAUAAAAGGAGUCAUUUGACUUAUCACUUGCACACCCAUACUGGAGAGAAACCUUACGAGUGUUCCAACUGCCAGAAAAAAUUCAGAGCAAAGUCGGCAUUGAAAAUCCACAUGAGCUUGCACGUUGGUGUGAAACCUUAUGAGUGUGCUAUCUGUCAUAACAAGUUUUCUGAAAAGAAACACUUGAAAUCUCACAUGUUCACUCACACAGGUGAGAAACCUUUUGAGUGUUCCGUCUGCCAGAAGAGGUUCUCUAAUAAUUGGGACUGUAAAUACCACAUGCGCGUUCAUACUGGAGAGAAACCUUUUGAGUGUUCUACGUGCCAGAAGAGGUUCCCUAAUAAUCGGGACCGUAAAUACCACAUGCGCGUUCAUACUGGAGAGAAACCUUUUGAGUGUUCUACGUGCCAGAAGAGAUUUACUCUAAAGUCCACUUUGAAAACCCACAUGCGCAUGCACGCUGGUGUGAAACCUUAUGAGUGUGCUACCUGUCAGAAGAAAUAUUUUCGAAAGGUCCACUUGGCAUCUCAUAUGCGCAUUCAUACUGGUGAGAAACCUUUUGAGUGUUCCGUCUGUCUGAAAAGAUUAUCUGAUAAUCGGUCAUAUAAAUUUCACAUGCGCAUUCAUACUGGAGAGAAACCUUUUGAGUGUUCCACAUGCCAGAAGAAAUUCAGUGUAAAAUCUACUUUGAGUACCCACAUGCGCGUACACGCUGGUGUGAAAUUUUAUGAGUGUGCUAUCUGCCAGAAAAAGUUUUCUCAAAAGAUACACUUGAAAUCUCACAUUCGUGCACACACCGAUGAGAACGCUUUCGAGUGUUCCAUCUGCCAGAAGGGCUUCUCUACCAAGAUGGCCCUAAAUAACCACUUGCGCAGUCACGUUGAGAAACCUUAUACCUGUUCCAUCUGCCAGAAUAGCUUCUCUGCGAAGAAGACCUUCAAUAUACACGUGACCAUCCACGAUGGUGAGGAACCUUUUAAACGUUCCAUCAGCAAGUGAGAGCUUUACUCACAAUGCCGCGCUGCGGAGGUACAGGCUCGUUCACUAUCAAAAGCCUCGAUGUUUCCUGGCUGAUAAGUUUCACUCAAAAAGAAAACUUGAGUAGCCACGUGCCAAUUCACGCUAGUUAAAAAUUUCAAGUGUUCAUGUGCCGGGAGAUAUUCACUUAAAAGUGGAGUAAGUGAAACCACUUUGUUUCACACCAUGUAAUAAACCUGUUGUUGCUUAUGUUAGUCAAAUCCUGGUGUUCCACGAGAGAGACGAGAUUCAUGGCAAAUAGAAACGACAUCUUUCGUAACGUUUUCAGUGUUAUCUGGAGAAAGUGUUGCACUACAAAACGAGCUUUGCCAAAAAAUUAGUAUGUCUGCGCCUGAGAAAUCUGUUGAAUGGACAAUUUACCAGAUGAGCUGAUGCGAUAUAUCAGAAAACGUGUUAGUACUUCACUGUUGUCAAGGCAAUAGAGUACAUAAUAAUAUAUUUAUGUUCUGCGGCAAAUUUCAUUUCUAAUUUUUCAGCCAUUCUUAGAAAAUCUUUCCAUCAAACUACUUGAAACAGCUCAGUUUAUGUAAUAUUUCUCAUAACACGCUUUGUAAUUACAAUUUUUGAUUGAAGUAAAAAUGUAGCUUUGAGGGUGCCACGGACCAGUGCUUUCCCACCCGAUUCGCCAAACACACUCUGUUUUGACCACACCAGGCUGCAUUUUAUCUCAUUACGAGUAUUUCCAAUUACAAAACAAAUUGACGUCAUUUCCCCAUAGCCUGAAUGAAAUUGGAGAUUCCAAGAAAAAUUUUUGAGUGCUUUUCAAAAAACUUGUUUUCACUAAUUCUUCAUCGAACUCGAUCAUUGUAACUUCAUCGAAGUUACUAAUAUAUUUUCUCUAUCAAUUAGAGAGAAUAGUAAAUACUUUAUGUUUGCAAUGCUUUUUCAAAAUCUUGAAAAUUAAAUUACGAAUGUUGAGAAUAAACGUGUUAAUAUUUGUAUUCCUUGGGAAAUAAUGAAA